UUCCCAGCGCAGCAUCCAGACUUCAGACCGGACGGUGAGCCGCUGGGUGACAGAGCAGAGCCGUCGUCUCUCUUUUAGAUUCUCCGUUUGGCUGAAAAGGUCUCUCUGUGUGGAUUAUUUUAACACCAUCUCCGUGUAACGAGCGGAUUCCAGGCGUCAGAGGAGCUCAGAGGAGGUUUGGAGCAUGAACCCUCCGUGUGCCCGCUGCGGGAAGAUCGUCUACCCGACGGAGAAAGUCAGCUGCCUGGACAAGAACUGGCAUAAAGGAUGUUUCCACUGUGAGGUUUGCAAGAUGACACUGAACAUGAAGAACUACAAAGGCUACGACAAGAAACCCUACUGCAACGCACAUUAUCCCAAGACGUCGUUCACCAUCGUGGCCGACACACCAGAGAACCUGAGACUGAGACAGCAGAGCGAGCUACAGAGCCAGGUGAAAUAUAAGAAGGACUUUGAAGAGAGUAAAGGUCGAGGGUUCAGCAUCGUGUCCGACACUCCAGAGAUGCAAAGACUCAGAAAGACCCAGGAGCAGAUCAGUAUUUUUAGCUCUGAGCAGAGGCAGAUUUUCACCAAAGCCACGGGUCCUCAGAGAGCUUUGUUUACUGUGAUUCUGGGUGAGACAGUGAUGACUGCAGGCUCGACGUGCAGCCAAGACUCAGCUGCUAUCAGAACACUAAAGGCAUGA